GUAAUCGAUUUGCUCCCACAACGCAUGUCGUAAUCGUAAUUUGUUAAAAUUCGUAUUAAAUCAAUUAAAACUUAGUUAAAAUGGCUCAAAGUAGGCUGGAAAAGAUCGGCACCAUCUUCACGAGAGUUCAGGGACUGCUUCGUGGUGGAGCUAUGAAAACGGAGGACAAACCCAUUUGGUAUGAUGUUUACGCCGCUUUUCCCCCAAAGCUGGAGCCCCGAUUCGACAGACCCGCCCCCGAGAUCCCAGUGCGCAAGAUAUUCUAUGCCGAGGAUGUGGUGCGAGCGAAGCUCCACAAGCAGAAUAAGCCCCAGGAAACAAUAUCCCUAUUUGAUAACAGGCGCAGCACUCAAUCGCAGCAGUUUGUACAGAUCUACCAGGAUUUAAAGGCCCAGGGAGCACUGGAUGAGCAGAGGAUAUACGAGACAGCUUUGGAUCUUCUGGCCGAGCAGCGCCAGCAAUCCCGCCUGCAGGCCUCUCCAGAGGAAUCCCUGCCCGAACUGGACACGGAAUCCAAAAUCCAGCUACUGAGUGACUUCAAGGAGGCAGUGGGAAGCCAACAGACCAAUUCCUCUUCUCCAGCUCCUCCCAAAGCGAAAAAGGACACGAGCGUGGGCAUUAACAUAGACAGUUUGUUCAAGGAUUAGGCGGAAUAUCUUUUAUAAACUUAAAAUAAAAUUGUUAUACAUCAAA